GCCUGUCCCUGCCUUAAGUGCCUGCUGGACCCCGGGAGUCUGGGCUGGGGCCCGGACACUGCUUCCUCCUUGACCCCUCAGGCCCUUGGAAGCCAAGAGAGACCCUCUUACAGAUCCCAGGCUCAUCCCCAGUGCAGCAGACACCAGGAAGGUGGCCAGAGCCUCACUGAGCCCACCCGACGGCUGCCCACCCACCCAGGCUGGAGUCAUGGAUAAAUUCCGCAUGCUCUUCCAGCACUUCCAGUCAAGCUCAGAGUCAGUGAUGAAUGGCAUCUGCCUGCUGCUGGCUGUGGUCACCGUCAAGCUGUACUCCUCCUUUGACUUCAACUGUCCCUGCCUGGCGCGCUACAAUGCACUCUACGGCCUGGGUCUGCUGCUCGCGCCCCCGCUCGCCCUGUUUCUCUGCGGCCUCCUCGCCAACCGGCAGUCUGUGGUGAUGGUCGAGGAGUGGCGCCGGCCUGCAGGGCACCGGAGGAAGGACCCAGGCAUCAUCAGGUACAUGUGCUCCUCUGUGCUGCAGAGGGCGCUGGCCGCCCCCCUGGUCUGGAUCCUGCUGGCCCUCCUUGAUGGGAAGUGCUUCGUGUGUGCCUUCAGCAACUCUGUGGACCCUGAGAAGUUUCUGGACUUUGCCAACAUGACCCCCAGCCAGGUACAGUUCUUCCUGGCCAAGGUUCCCUGCAAAGAGGAUGAGCUGGUCAGGAAUAGCCCUGCUCGGAAGGCAGUGUCUCGCUACCUGCGGUGCCUGUCACAGGCCAUCGGCUGGAGUGUCACCCUGCUGCUGAUCAUCGCGGCCUUUCUGGCCCGCUGCCUGAGGCCCUGCUUCGACCAGACAGGCUUCCUGCAGCGUAGAUACUGGAGCAACUACGUGGACCUGGAGCAGAAGCUCUUCGACGAGACCUGCUGUGAGCAUGCGCGGGACUUCGCGCACCGCUGCGUGCUGCACUUCUUCGCCAGCAUGCAGAGUGAGCUGCAGGCACGGGGGCUGCACCGGGACAAUGCAGGCAGGAGCCCCGAGCCCCCCGCAGUGCCUGAGCCCCCAGAAGUCCUGGACAGUGGAAGCGGGAAGGCCCACCUGCGCGCAAUCUCCAGCCGGGAGCAGGUGGACCGCCUCCUGAGCACCUGGUACUCCCGCAAGCCCCCGCUGGACCUCGCUGCAUCCCCCGGGCUCUGUGGGGGUGGCCUUAGCCACCGCGCCCCUACCUUCGCACUGGGCACGAGGCUGUCCCAACACACCGACGUGUAGGGUCCUGGCCAGGCUUGAAGCGGUAGUGUUCGCAGGUGAAAUGCCGCUCUGACAAAGGUCUGGAGGCUUUCCAGGCCAUGGGGACCCCACAGCAGGCACCCUAACUCUUGUUAGCCUUCUUUUUCAAGUAGCCCAAUCUCUGCCUAGUUUCUGGGUGUGGCCUCCAGUGUGCUUCACAAACUUUAAUGUGGACUCGGUUCACUGAGGGCCUUGUUAAAUACAGGUGCAGACUCAGCGUAGCCAGGACCGAGUCUGAGAUUCUGCAUUUGGAACAAGCUCCCUGGUAAUACUGAUGCACUUUUGGUCAGUGGACUAAACUUUGAGUAGCAAAAAUCUAAAUAGAUCUGCCAUGGGUUCUGGGUUCUAGAAGUCAAUUCUAAAUAAUAAUAAUUACCUUAGUCUCUUGCCU